CUCGACUCCGGCAUGAUGCAGGCAUGCAGAACUUUAGCUCUCUUGGUUUUUCCCUUGCUAUCCGGGUUCGAGUUGUGCUCGGCAAGCAAAAUUUUGGUUAUAUCCAUGGUAGCCUCUCCCAGUCACAGCAUUUGGUGUAAUAAACUUGCGGAACUGUUAGUGAACAGAGGGCAUACGGUUACCAUUCUGGACACUCAUCCUUCAAGGAAGAAGCUGGCGAACUUGACGACUUACAUCUUUGAAGGGGCUUACACAUACCGUGAACAAUUAGAUUACAUGGAUUCAAUGUGGAAUUCUCCUAAAUAUGCCAUAGAUUUCCUUUUUGAAGCUAACCUAUUAAGCUGCAGAUACAUGUUACAAUCUCCAGCUUUUAAACGUUUUCUAUCCGAACACUCGAAUGAUAAGAAACCGUUCGAUUUGAUUAUCCAUGACAUAACCAACUGCGAAAGCUUCUUGGGACUCGUACACUUCCUAGGGAACCCGAAGCUUGUUUUAGUGACGCCCUUUGGUGAAUGCCAGGCCCUCUACGUGAAGGGCAGUCAAGGGCAUAUGGUGCACUCUCCAUUUCAGCUAACCCAUUUCAGUCAUCCGAUGAGUUUCGACGAGAAACUCAAGAACCUAUUCUACACCCUCUAUAAUUAUUAUGUCUAUCAUAAAUAUGUGAAUACUCUAGACGGUUAUUCCAAAGAGAUAUUUGGACAAUCGAUUCCUCAUGUCCUGGAGAUUGGUAAGUCAGCAGCCGUGGCACUCGUCAAUGCACAUCCUAUUCUUGAUGGUGCCAAAUACUACAGUCCUGCAAUCGUCCAUAUUCCAGGAUUCCACAUCGAUGAACCAAAGAAACUAGACGAGGAAACACAGUCUUUUCUAGAUGACGCAAAACAUGGUGCUAUUUAUUUUAGUCUUGGUACAAAUAUCAAGAGUUCAUUGAUGUCUAAAGAUAGGAUUAUGAUUUUCCUGAAUACUUUUGAAAAAUUGAAACAAAGAGUUCUAUGGAAAUUUGAGAAUGAAAAUAUCAAAAAUAUACCAGAAAAUGUCAAAAUAUCCAAAUGGUUCUCUCAAAAUGAUGUAUUAGCUCAUUUAAACAUAAAGCUCUUCAUCACACAUAAUGGGCUGUUAAGUACUCAGGAAGCAAUCCAUCAUGGCAUUCCAAUGAUCUCUAUGCCAUUUUUUUUGGAUCAACAUGGCUUAUCAAAAAAAUUAACAAAGCAAGGUAUUGCAGUUGCAUUAUCAUAUGCCACAUUGUCAGAACAUUCAGUUCAGCAAGCUAUUGAAGAAGUUCUCACAAAUAUUAGUUACACUAAAGAAAUAAAAAGGUUGUCAAAAAUAUUUAAAGAUCAGCCUAUGAAACCAAAGGAAUUGGCUCUUUAUUGGAUAGAACAUGUGCUGAAAAAUGAGGAUCAUAAAUAUCUUCAACCUCCAGAAACCUUCUUAAGCACAUUUGAACUAAUAUUUUUUGACUUAAAAACAAUCCUGGGAACUAUCUUGGGAUUAGUCAUUGCUUUCUUGGCUUGCUCAUGCAGCAACAAGAAACAGAUAAAGCUUAAACAAAACUAAUUAAAUUUUAAAAUUUUAAUUUGUUUAUACAUAAAAAGAAAUCUAUAUUUUAAACAAAAGAUUUUUUCAACAAGUUAAACCUCUUAAGACUUGUUCCAAAAUAUUUAAAAACAAAAAAAAAAAAGUUUGUCAAGUAAGGUCAGUAUAGCUUCAUCACCAUUUUAAUUGGCUAAAAUACAUCUAUAUUACAAGGUAUACAUUUUUUUGUAUAAGAAUAAAAUUUCUGGGAGAAGCCGAUUUGGAAAUACAGUUACCCUUCAACAUUCGCUGGUUUUAUAUCCACGAAUUUCGUUUAUCAGAUAAUACUAAAAUGCGAAAGAGUGCCGUUUAUGAAAAUUCCAUUGUGAUUAUUCUUAAUUAAAAAAAAAAAAAUACCAAUGCAUAAUGAACUUGCAUUGAGGGUUUUACGAAGGAUUUUGGAUUGUAAGGAUUGGAUACGUGAGGAAUUCGAUGGCUUUGUGGAGCCCCAAAUCUCAACUCCGUAAGUCCAAAUAGGUCUUAUUGUAUUCAUGUAUACGAAUCUUUUUUAAUUAACUGAAAGCUUAGAUCGUUUGUCUAGGAAGUGCUGGAGUAGACAGAAACGUCAAGCGGAUUUUUUUCGUUUAAAUCUGGUAUGAGGAUUCUAAGUUAAACGUUUGUCCAAGUGGAGUCCCAGGUACCGAUUUGUUCAACAGGGAUAAGCGGGGUAUCAUUAAAUUAUUAGGACUUAAAUUAUAUAGGGGUAUUAAUAAAUUAGGAUGGGUAUUCUGGUGAAUUUUUGGGUUUAUGUAUCAUUUUGAUAAUAUAUUGUUUCUAAGGGUCAGGAAAAUAUGUGGGUCAGAGUACAUCAUUAUAUAUAUGUAAGUAAGGAAUAGAAUGGCUUUCCGAGGAAGUAAUUUUAGGAUCUGGGAUGUAAUUAG